CUGACUGUGCAUUAGCUGACCACUUCCUGUUAUCAUUCCAUCCAUGCACCUUCUACGGCAACUUAUGAGGAAACAUGGCAGAGUUGAAUCGACAACUACAAGAGUAUUUGGCACAGUCAAAAGGUGCAAAAACGAUAUCUCAGUCCAGUUCUAGCACAACAAUAGACAUAGAUGAAUCGGCGUCAGUUCCCGGGAGCUGGUUUGGGAAGUGGUCAAGUCCAUUUUCCAAUUCUAGUAGCCGCGGAUCUACAGGCCAGGGGACAAGCAGCGGAUUUUCCUGGCCAUGGUCCUCCGAACCAGACCCUUGUUUGCCGGGUAUGAGCCGUUCGCAAAGGCUCGUUGCUUUUGGGACCUGUAUUUUCUUCUCGGCAUUGUGCUUUGGACUCUCAGCCUUGUAUGCGCCUUUACUCUUGCUUAAAGCACGGAAGUUUGCGCUUCUCUGGUCUCUGGGCUCCCUUUUUGCUCUCCUCGGCGCGGCAAUACUGCGAGGACCUAGCAAGCUCAUCGCAACACCGACGCCAGGAGCAGUUGUUUACCUCUGUUCACUUGGAGGUACUCUCUACGCUGCGCUCAGCCUCCAUAGCACAAUACUCACAGCACUGGGAGCAGGCCUUCAGAUAGCUGCGAUCGUGGGCUAUGUGGUUGCCUUGUUGCCUGGUGGGACUGCAGGGAUGCGGUUUGUUGGUGGGAUGGCAGCGUCAGCCAUCAAGAGAACAGUAACCGGCAAAACCAUGCCAAUCUGAACAAUUUUGAAUUGAGGUUGUGGACUAAUUUUGACGAUGCGUUGCUGUGCGCUCUGAUCUUAGCUGUUUUGGAUGGCACUUCGGGACUCUUUUCGAAGUCCUACAUCGCAGAGUAACAACGCCGAUGUCUAGACCAUAAACACCUAUUUUUCUCAUAGCAACUUGUAAUACACUGACGCUGCUGUACUGACUAUGGGGCAAUCUCCACUUAUUAAAGGGACCAUGUUUUGAAAGAGGGGGAAAAAUGUGACCAGCAUGUUAGACCUACGGUCUUGAAUCCUGUGCAGGAACUGUAGAAACUGUGAUGACUCUUAAGUGACAUUCCAUAAACAAUUAAAACUAUUUCCUGAAGGGAAGGAAACUUUCGUUUGAACAAUUGCCUACCUACACGUAGCCUUACUAUUGACAUGAGGCCGGCCGCAAAUGUGAUGAUUUGAAAACGAGUUGAAUCUCAAUGUGGUGACCUUUUGAGAGCAUGUUAACACAAUAAAGAGUGCAAUGAUCAGUUUCUGGAAAA